CCACUGUGUGGCAUAUGCGGGUCACUGUUGGUGGGGAAGUUUUUAGCGAAAUUUGGGCGAAGGAAUACUCUCAUUUAUAUACAGUCCCUCUGCCUCACCUCUGCCAUCCUGAUGAGCACAGCGUAUCUCUCCCAUUCAUACGAGUCUGUUAUUAUUGGUCGAUUUUUGAUGGGAAUGUUUUGCGCUCUGGUGUUGGGUAGUGGACCAAUCUACGUGUCGGAAAUUCUUCCCCCCCACUUACGUGCACCAAUAGGAAGCCUGUUCUCAGUCUCCAUAGGUCUCGGUAUCAUGUUGGGAAACGUCCUGGGAUUUCAGCAGGUCUUAGGAACGACCACCGGUUGGCCGAUUCUGCUCUCGCUUAAUGUUGUACCGAGUCUCAUAUUCCUUUCCUAUUGUUGGAGGAUGCCGAAGAGUCCAAGGUCACUUUAUUUCGACCACAAUAAACCAGAAGAAGCUCGAAAAGUUCUUCAGCGUCUUUAUGGAACCGAUGACGUGUCGAAACAAAUUGAACAAUAUCGAAUCGAAGCCGAAACGAUGUCAAAGCGAAAGAUAUUGUCGCCUAAACAGGUUCUAACAAGUCGGAAAGUGAAGUGGCAACUUAUAUCUGGGUUGGUCAUUUGCGUCGGGUUUCAGUUCACAGGAAUAAACGGAAUUUUCUUCUAUUUAAACACGCUGCUUACUGUUGCUGGGAUACCGGAGGAGAUCAUGGAUUACGUCACAAUAGGCUUUGUUUCGAUGGAGUUCUUAGGGGCCUUUGCUGGGCUUCUGUCUAACAAACUUGGCCGAAAAACAAUGCUUCUAGCUGGCUACAGUAUUUCUAUGUGUUCAAUGAUCAUAUACACGUUGGCUACAGCCUAUCAGCCAUCUGUGGAUUGGCUAUCUUAUGUUAGCGUGGUCGGUGGUGUAGGUAUGAUAUUCGGGUUUGCUAUUGGUCCAGGCCCGAUUACAUACGUCAUAAUACCAGAACUUCUCGACCAAUCAGCGCGCCCGACAGUUAUGAUGUUUUCGAGUUUAUCUUUAUGGGUUUGUUUCACGAUCAUUAGCGUCGUUACUCCUUAUCUGUUUGAUUAUCUCAAAUUUGCUGCUUUUCUGCCUUUUGCUGCCAUUCUAUUCCUUGCGAUUCUUUACGUGUGGUUUGUGGUGCCCGAAACGAAAGGAAAAUCGGUGCUCGCAAUUCAAAUGUAUUUCUCCAAAUGGAACAAAAUUCCUGUGGCCCAGGUCUUGACGGAAGAGAGUAAUAAUGGGGAUAAUGACGUCACAAACACUGGUGUUCUUUUAAACACAAGAGAUAGACAUGCAGUUACUAAUCCAAGCUUUUUGAAUGACGGGUUAACGGUACAGACAAGGCUAUAACAAGUUGAAACGAAAAUAUCCGUACCCGGAAUAUAUUUUUUCCUUAAAUCGCAAAAUGCUGCGCAUGUUUAUGUAAUUUGUUUAAUUUUAUUUUAUAGUAAUUGCCAAACGCUAAGAGCAAAGUUGUUUUUUUCAAUUUACUUUUUAAUGUUCCAAUUUCCCACUGUAUAUAACAUGUUUAAUUGGUCACGUAUGUUCGUAUCAAUUUUUAAUAAAAUGUUUGUCUUUAUA